AUGAUUGGAGCAGAUGAUGCUGCAUUCAACGACUCCUCAUAUACUGCUACUGAUAAUGUCCGGAGAGGUUUGGCUGUAGAUACGGAUAAUAGUGACCCUUUUUCCGACCCAGCAACCUACACAAGUGGCAGCUCCUCGCGGCGGAUGACUCGACGUCGAUUACUGCGCGCUCUACUUGAUAGUCAGACUGCAUCGUCUAAUGCUGUUGCGUUUGGAUCUAGCAGAAACCAUUUGAACAGACCUGUUGAUGGAUCUCUGCUUUUUUUAUCUGCUCGUCAAAUACACAGGGGAAUUUUUACUAGUGAUGCCUUGAUGCCAGCAGCAGGGCAUUCUCAACGUAUUGAAUCUGCGUCUGAGCACCAUACACACCCCUCCCAAGCCGAUGAGUACUUGGACUAUAAUGAAAAUUUAUCUGUUCAGUCUGAUUUAGGAACAGCAGCUCAUUCUAAUGCAUCAGCACCGAAUCAAACUCGAAAUAGAUCUGGUCCACUGUCACAUCAACUGCAGUCAGGCCAGUGGAUGUCUAUGCUUCAGAUCCUUGGAUGGUUACUGAUCUUUAGAGUCAAUAAUGCUUUAUUGGUUAAAACUUAUUUUGAUCCAGACGAAUUUUGGCAGAGUUUAGAAAUUCGUGGGUUUGCACAUCCACUGUUGUUUGCCGCUGUAUACAAGAUUUUACAAGUAUUAUCACUCGACGACACAUUUUUUUUGACUAUUGCACCUAGAAUUGUUCAAGGAUGUAUUGCAGCCAUAGGGGAUUUUUUCACGUUUUUGCUUGCAUAUCGUUUAUUUGGAAUGGCGACUGCUUUUUGGACGAUUGCGGCAGUGCUGCUAUCGUGGUUCAACUAUUUUUGUCUAGUGAGAACCUAUUCGAAUUCCUUGGAAGCCUGUUUAACAUCCAUUGCACUGUACUACUGGCCUUGGAGUCGCGAUGAAGUACAAGGGAAUCGGCCAACUCGACGUAAUUUUCGUAUUUCACUUAUUUUUGCUGCACUAUCGUGCAUUGUUAGACCAACAAGUGCUAUUUUGUGGAUAUUUCUUGGAACGUCACUCUUGUUUCGAAAAUCAAUUCGAAUUUAUGCUGUAGUAAACGACGUACUAAUCACAAUGAUUGCAGCAAUAGGAGUAUCAAGUGCCAUAGAUUUUCAAUUUUACCAGACAUGGACAUUUACUCCAUACGAGUUUCUCAAACUCAACGUACUCCAAAAUAUUGCCGAGUUUUACGGUGGACAUCCAUUUCACUGGUACUUUACCCAAGGCAUUCCGGUUGUACUUCUUACUUUGUUACCUAUAACUGUAUGGGGUGUACUACAUACCCAAUAUCCACGAGAACGAGAGUGUUUUUGGAUGUGCCUAUGGACAGUCUUUUGUUUGAGUUUACAAAAACACAAAGAGUUUAGGUUCUUGAUGCCAAUUCUUCCGCCCUUGUUGGUUUAUGCUGGACAUGGCUUGCGUGUGAUUGAAGCUAGCGAUUAUGUUACGGAUCUAGUUGCUAAUAGCACCGCGGGAGAUGCCGAAGAUGAUGCUGAUAACGAUGAAGAAUACAACAAUCUUGAUAUAGAUGACAUAGUUUCAUUAAGAAGGCGUAGACCGUUUUCGCACGCAGCUCGUGAGCGUCAACAGCAAAAUCAAUCGCAGCGUAGAUCUUUGCGCCAUCCAAAAACACGACCAGCAAAGUGGCUAUGGAAGGUUUUGGCUGUUGUCGGGAUAACAAAUAUAGCAACAGCGUUUUAUUUGUCUCGAUCACAUCAACGUGGCAUUAUGGAGGUCAUGAAUUGGCUGCGUAUUGAGUUACAUGGUGGAAAGGUUUCCGACAUUUUGUUUUUGAUGCCAUGCCACUCCACUCCGUUUUAUAGUUACUUGCAUAGAAAUAUACCCAUGCGAUUUAUUACAUGCGAACCGCCCAUUGGAGUUGAAAACAGAAAGGGGUAUCAGGAUGAAACAGAUGUGUUGUAUAAUAACCCACUAUACUUUUUUCAAACCUAUUUUGACCCACGAGUCGGUGCCAAGCUACUUGGUUGGGCCAACACUACAUCCACAUCGGAUUUUACCGACUAUUCUGAAUCUCCUAUUACGCCAAAUAUUUCCGAACUGCCGUUUGUUCGAAGAAUUGAGCCAAUCACAGACGCCUUUUCCUUUUUGAAAUCCCAAACUCGUGGCAAGUAUAUUGACGUUCCUGGACAAGGAUAUCAGAUCUUGCAGCAUAAAUGGUCGAGCCAUAUCAUAAUGUUUGAUAACCCUAAACUCUUUUCAGUCGUGUCGAGUGUUUUACAAGGAUCAGGAUACAGCAUAUGUGCACGAUUUUUUAAUAGUCAUUUUCACGACGAUCCUAAACGUACUGGAGAUGUGAUUGUGUUGUGUCGGCUUUUUUUGAAAGUGCUCCAUGCAUCAGGACACGAGUCAUUUGUUUUACACGCUACAAAAUAUGGUCGGAUUUUCCCGGCGGAGCUUUGA